CAACACAGUACCGAUCGCGAAGUUGUAUGACAUGAACACAGGAUAGACCUGAGUCAAAUAAAGUAACCUUCGACUCGCGCUCUAUUCAAAAGCUUGCUGCUCCUGUCUGACCAGCCACAUGCGUACAUCAGUUCACGCCUUACUUCAUUCGACAGCCUAGUCGCAUCACCACACCUCCGUUGACCAUCUCUCCAUCAAACUACACCUUUGUAUCUACAUCAGAUCAUCUCUAAAUGUCUUCAGUCCAGUUCACAGCACUGAUACGUCUCCCGUUCAUCCGCGGUGACUUUGAGGAUCCUCCACAGGCACAAUGGGAUGCCGAGAGGGACCGCCAAUUAUGGAAGGUUAUAUCAAAGUCCUCAAAGACUAGUGAUUUAAACUGGGUCGAGCUAGCCGACAAGUUUCAAGUUCCUCCGACCUUUCUUCUUCAGCAAGCAGCGUGGUUGUACGAGCGGCAUCUCGAUCAUGUUCGCAAUCAGAUGAAGAAGGUCAGCAUUUCGAACGCUGUUCCAUCAUCAUCGCCGACUGGUGGAAGCACUAUGACUGGUGUUGGUGGUGUUGCGAUGCGGAGGGGUGGCAGUGCCGGAUCUGGAGCUGGUAGAACCACGUCUGCGUUGGCUGGACGAUCGAAGGACAGUCCAAGUCUACGUGGUGCAGAGGUAACGACGCCAGCGCCUCCCCUCUCCAGGACGCCAUCUACGACCACAAUAACCCAAUCUCGAGCAGAUACUCAGGCGCCAGCUCGAACUCUGUCAACACGCUCCACCCGACGCCCCAACUUGACCAGUCGGAAGUCUGAUGAUCGCGCAAAUCCCCCAGCCGCACCACCCAGCUAUCGUAAUGACGAAGCUGCUUCUCCAGAGAUUCCAGAUUCCUCGUCUUCGAGCUCAUCAUCGUUGUCGGAUACUGAUCAUCCAGCCCAUCGAAGCCAGCUGUUUAAGCGUCCUCCACGUUUUCAACAGAAGAAACCUCGAGAACUUUCCACGUUCGAGGAGGGUGAUGGAACUCAAGAGACUGAUGAUUUGGGCUCACAUGAGACAAGUCUACCCUUUGCGACGGCAGCUAGACCACGACCCAGCAAUAGCAAGUAUGCACAAGAUGCACGUUUUAGUGCCGGUAGUAAGCCCGGGCAAAACGUGUUCCAGGCUGACCGCACGAGAAAUGCUCCGCCAACAAGACCAAAGUCCAUCGACGUGCAGUCACUUGCGACCACCGAGACUGCGUCGUCAAUGACUAGCUCUGGUGGACCUCCAUCAGCAGCAAAAAGCCCUAUGAGUCCGGCUUCGGAUCAUCGUGCAGCACUAGGCCGACUCGGCAGUCCACGGCGCGGAGGACCUCGAUCCAGGAUUGAAGGCAGCGAAGGCACACCUAGUAUGGGCAGCAGCUUCAGCGAUAUCGAUGAUGCGGGCAUCAGCCAAUCAGCCCUAGAGGAAGCGCUGUUGAGUAACAUGCAACAUGGGAGAAUGAGCACGCUUAGUCGCAUGUCGAAGUGGUAGGAAGAUUGAAGAGUAUAAAAAGCAGUAUCUCGGUUUUUGAAUAGACUCUCGUCUAUUACUAUCAAGACUCUUAUUGUGAGCCACUCCCAAGAAGUGUAUUGUGCAAGGCUGCAGCCUUGGCAUUAGUCCAUUAAUCUAGACUACAACUCAAACUCCACUUCAGUACCAAUACUCAAACUCCAAA